AAGUGUCCGGACUGGAAGGGGGUGAAAGUGUCCGGACUGGAAGGGGGGGGAAAGUGUCCGGACUGGAAGGGGGUGAAAGUGUCCGGACUGGAAGGGGGUGAAAGUGUCCGGACUGGAAGGGGGGGGGAAAAGUGUCCGGACUGGAAGGGGGGGAAAGUGUCCGGACUGGAAGGGGGUGAAAGUGUCCGGACUGGAAGGGGGAAAGUGUCCGGACUGGAAGGGGGGAAAGUGUCCGGU